GAUUUAGCUCUUAGCUAAAAAAACUCCGUAAUGUUUUGCUAAUAUCUUUAAAAUUACAUGUCGUGAUGUGUUCUCGGUCGACUUUAAUAACCAGUAAGGGAAUCAUCUCCUCACCUUACCAUCUUGUUACAUCGCUUAACACACGAUAUCUACUACACUUUAUUCAUUUCGACACAAGCUAUCAAUUUGACGUUGGGAAUGGAGGUUUGACCGCCGUAAAUGUGAUUAAAACGCUAUAAAAUGAAGCCUUUCAUGGGUCCUAAAUAUGUUAAAAUAUUAAAAUAUGGAUUUUGAUUUACAAAGUGUUGUUUAGAGAAAAGAACGCGACCGCUUUGGCCGUCAGGGCAACACAACGAGGGCAGCAUUCCUCCACACCUCUCCCAUUAGAGGGGACUGGUAACCAGUGGGCGCAGCGCAGGUCCAGUCGAGCUCCCCGUCUGAACGCUGCACGCCGCGGCUCCUGGUUCUCAAGCAAAGCUACAUCGGAGGAGGAAGAACAGGGGGUUUUCGGAUAUCAUCCAACCCAGUGACUGUAUGCAACGUUCGGCUGAUAGAAGCAGAGCCCGUCGUGUUGGAGGAUUAGGAUGUCGGAGUUCCUGGUGAGUCUGCUCGGAGAGCGUCUGGUCGACAGUGAGCAAGCCGAGGUGGACGUGCAGGCGCUGGGCGGCAGGUUGUCCCUGGUCGGGCUCUACUUCGGCUGCAGCCAGAACGCCCCGUGCAAGCAGUUCAAUGCCAGCCUGUGUGAGUUUUACAGCAAAUUUAAGAAAACCUCUGAACAUAAGGAUAAAUUGGAGAUCGUCUUCAUCUCGUCCGACCAGGACCAGAAACAUUGGCAGGACUUUUUACAGGAGAUGCAAUGGCCUGCGUUGCCGUUCAAAGACAGACACAAAAAGAUGAGGCUGUGGAACAAGUACAAGGUGACCAGCGUGCCGUCGCUGGUGUUCGUGGACGCGGCCACGGGGAAGGUGGUCUGUCGGAACGGGCUGCUGGUGGUCCGGGACGACCCUAAAGGCCUGGAGUUCCCGUGGGGGGCCAAGCCGUUUGCGGAGGUGGUGGCCGGGCCCCUGCUGAGGAACAACCGGCAGGCGGCGGACAGCGGCUCCCUGGAGGGCCACUACGUCGGGGUCUACUUCUCAGCACACUGGUGCCCCCCGUGUCGCAGUCUGACCCGGGUCUUGGUGGAGUCGUACCGUGCCAUCAAGGAGUCGGGUCAGAAGUUUGAGAUUGUGUUUGUCAGCGCAGACAGGUCUGAGGAGUCGUUCCAACAGUACUUCAGCGAGAUGCCCUGGCUGGCCGUCCCCUAUUCAGACGAGGCGCGCCGCUCACGGCUCAACAGGCUCUACGGGAUACAAGGGAUCCCGACCCUCAUCCUAUUGGACGCGGAGGGUCACAUGAUCACGCGCCAGGGCCGCGUGGAGGUGCUGAACGACCCCGGCUGCCUGCUGUUCCCAUGGCACCCGCGGGCCGUGCUGGAGCUCAGCGAGACCAACGCCGUGCAGCUGCAUGAGGGGCCCUGCCUGGUGCUGUUCGUGGACGCCGAGGAGGAGGGGGAGCUGGAGCCGGCCAAGGAGCUGGUCCAGCCCGUCGCCCUCAAGCUCAUGGCCGCGUCCAAGGCCAAGGACGAGGAGAUGCCCCUGCUGUUCUUCGUGGCCGGAGAGGACGACAUGACGGACUCCUUGCGGGACUACACCAACCUGCCCGAGGCGGCGCCGCUGCUCACCAUCCUGGACAUGUCCGCCCGCGCCAAGUACGUGCGCGACGUGGAGGAGAUCACGCAGGACGUCGUCGACCAGUUCGUCAGCGACUUCCUGGACGAGAAGCUCAAGCCAGAGCCCAUCUGAGGACCGGACCCCCGCGUCUAAAGACUCAAAG